CCGGACCGGGCAUCCUGGGGGCGGGCUCGCCCCAGCUGCCAAGAAAGCGCAGGGGGCGUUGCGAGACCAGAGGCGCGGGGGACGGGAGUCGGAGGGUAAAGUGCAGGAUUCCAGCGAACCCUCCCCCACGUGCCCACUCCCCUGCCCUCCAGGAAAGGGAGCUCUAAGCCCACGAUGCCAUCUUCCCCCACCCUGGGCAUCUUUUCGCGAUUCUUAUGUGGCAGGGUCCGGAAGGCGAGUAUUGUAGCUUCUGGGGCCCGCUCCCCCUGGAGCCCUCGGAAGCUCUUGCGCCCCCCUUCCGUGAGGGGGACCCAGGAAGGGGCGGAGAGGCUUUCCUUAGGGAAUCUGCCCACCUGUCCCACGACACGCCCCGGUCGGCUGGGUUGCUGUGAACACGCCACCCUGAAGGGUUGGUGGGGAAAAAGCGCGUGCCAGGCCCCACGCACUGAACACAUGGUCCUCACGGCCUGUCUCUCCCGGUUCCCACCCGCGCCAGGUGAAGAGCGGAGCUGAAACCAUGGUUCACCAGGUGCUCUACCGGGCUCUGGUCUCCACCAAGUGGCUGGCCGAGUCGGUCCGGGCUGGAAAGCUGGGGCCUGGCCUGCGAGUACUGGACGCGUCCUGGUACUCACCGGGCACCCGGGAUGCCCGCAAGGAGUACCUGGAGUGCCAUGUGCCCGGCGCCUCCUUCUUUGAUAUAGAGGAGUGCAAGGACAAGUCGUCACCCUACGAGAUGAUGCUGCCCAGCGAGGCGGGCUUCGCUGACUACGUUGGCCGCCUGGGCAUCAGCAAUGACACACACGUGGUGGUAUAUGAUGGUGACAACCUGGGCAGCUUCUAUGCACCUCGGGUUUGGUGGAUGUUCCGUGUGUUUGGCCACCGCACAGUGUCAGUGCUCAAUGGUGGCUUCCGGAACUGGCUGAAGGAGGGCCACCCCGUGACAUCUGAGCCCUCACGCCCAGAGCCUGCAGUCUUCAAAGCCACACUUGACCGCUCGCUGCUCAAGACCUACGAGCAGGUGCUGGAGAACCUCGAGUCUAAGAGGUUCCAGCUGGUGGAUUCACGGGCCCAAGGGCGGUUCCUGGGCACCCAGCCGGAGCCAGAUGCUGUAGGACUGGCUUCCGGCCACAUCCGAGGCGCAGUCAACAUGCCGUUCAUGGACUUCCUGACCGAGGAUGGCUUCGAGAAGAGCCCAGAGAUGCUCCGGGCCAUGUUCGACGCCAAGAAGGUGGACCUCACAAAGCCCCUCAUUGCCACGUGUCGCAAGGGUGUCACUGCCUGCCAUAUCGCCCUGGCCGCCUACCUCUGCGGCAAGCCCGACGUGGCCAUCUACGAUGGCUCCUGGUUCGAGUGGUUCCACCGGGCCCCGCCAGAGACCCGCGUGUCCCAGGGCAAGGACGGGAAGGCCUGAGCCCCGAGCCUCUCCACUCGCCCGCAACCCAGCCGGGUCAGUGACUGCCUGGCUGCCCUGCAGCUGGCUCAUGCCCUCCAGCGAAGGGGACCGGCAGGCACAAUUUUAGAAUCGCUGGGUCAAGCUCCCCUUCCCCCCAACAACACUGGAAUAAACGUGGCUUUUUCUGA